AUUCGUGAAGGCAAAAGACGCAAGGAAACGCAGGUUUUCGUUUCUAUUACGUUUCUGAGAGUUUUUACAGCUUUUUUUUAUCGCUGCUUCUUAUAACGUAACAGUAAAAAUUAUACUGUGUUUUGACACUAUAUAAACACUGAAAUUAAAUAAAACAUCGGCUGUAUAUCAGCGCCUGAUUCUAGACUUGCCUCAGGCAGCUUAUAUCAUUAAAAUCAAUGCUGAUUAUAAACAAAAAUUAUUACCGUUGAUUCUUUCUAAAUAUUUACACGAUGCAGGUUCCAGUGAAAGAUGAACCGUUAAAUGAUGCUUAUAUUGAUUACCCGAUCACAAUAAAAGAUGAACCGUUAAAUGAUGCUCAUAUUGAUUACACGAUCACAUUAAAAGAUGAACCGUUAAAUGAUGCUUAUAUUGAUUACACGAUGCAGAUCAUAUUGAAAGAUGAACCGUUAAAUGAUGCUCAUAUUGAUUAUUUUGGAUCAUUAUUAAAAAAUUGUUCGGAUUACCAACCACGUGAAUCAUGGGAAAUCCAAUGUCCUGAUUUGAUCGAACCAGUUUUUAAAGAUCAAAAGCAUAUUCAACUAUUAUAUAGCUGUAGUGAUACAAUAUCUAAUUCAACUAGACAUUGGGUUUGUAGUUAUUACGAUAAAAGAAGAAUUUAUAUUUAUGAUUCAUUAAAUUUAAAACAAUUGCCUGAGCAUUAUAAAGUAUUUCUUGAUAAAUUAUAUCCAUUUCAUCCUUUCAAAAAAAAACCAGUUGUAUUUCCAAAAGUUCAAGAGCAAUCCAGUAGUAAUGAUAGUGGAGUUUUUGCGAUUGCAUUUGCAGUAUCACUUUUAUUUAAUGUGAAGCCAGAUACUGUUAUGUAUGAUAAAAAUUUAAUGCGUGAACAUUUGAGACAGAUGUUUCAAUUGAAAAAAUUGGAACAUUUUCCUCGAAUCAUAAGGCCUGGUGAUCCACCAAAAUUGUUUUCUUUGGAGGAACUCCGCAGAAGAAGAAUAUUAGCUGACAAAAGACGAGAACGUCGACAAAGAAGUAAAAAAAGAAAAGAAAGUUCCGUGAACUUCCAAGAACAAGAUGACAUAAUAAUAAACAAAGAAGUAAUUUUCCCAGAACAAGAUAACAUAACAAUAAAAAAAGAAGUAAUUUUCCCAGAACAAGAUCACAUAACAAUAAAAGAAGUAAACUUCCAAGAACAAGAUAACAUAACAAUAAAAAAAGAAGUAAACUUUCAAGAACAAGAUAACAUAACAAUAAAAAAAGAAGUAAUUUUCCCAGAACAAGAUGACAUAACAAUAAAAAAAGAAGUAAACUUCCAAGAACAAGAUGACAUAACAAUAAAAAAAGAAAUAAAAGAAGAAAUACUUGAAAAUUAUACGUAACAACACAUAUUGUAUCAGAUUUGUUCUUCCAAAAUAUAUACUUCAUACUAGCAAA